AUUCUCAUUCUCAUUCUCUCACACGGGAUGCGGCGGCGAGCGUUUUUCUCCGACGGAGCUAGAGGACAGUUUGUUAGCUUGGGAGAAGUUGUCAGCGUCCAAUAAUAUACUUGUAAAUUGCUUGUGAAUUCUGCUGCCUACGCUGCACUUUGUAGUACUGUCCACAGUGAAUCACCCUCAAUUCAAUCCUUGAUCAAUUGUUUAUUGCAUUCCACCUGUGUGUCCCUUGAAAAGGAGGAGGAGGAGAAGAAAAUACAUGACUAACGACAGCACGAAUCAGACGGAGUAGAAGGCUGCAAACAGACGAACGACAGCACGACAAGGCUUGCAUGUAGCCGGGGAUGCCCAAGGACAGUGAACUGUUGACCAAGACAACAAACCUGAGCUCUGUUUCGGCUGCCCGCGAACGAAUAUGAUCCACCUAAGGUUGCUGAAGCAAGAAGAGCAGAAUUGGUACAACCAGAAGCGUGAUCUGCAACACCUAGAGAUGAUCAGCAACUGUUGCGGUUAAGGGAUUAGCAGGGAGUAUUUUCCUUCGAGACCCAAAAAAAAAGGGAACUUUCUGUUUGGGGAGGCGGACGGAUCUUCGAGGAAGAAUCAGCGUGGAAUUAGAGGGAAAUAGGGUGCUUUCGGAAGGGAAGAGAAACUGAGAGAGGGAAAGAGAAAUUCCCAGAUUCCUUGAAGUGGAGAUCGAAGGAGAAAGGGAGGAGAAAAGGAGAGUUUUUUAGGGAAAGCCUAGGGUACACGAGAUCAAUAGCGAGAGGCAGAGACAAGGGGAGCAAGGGAAGGGAGAGCUUCGAGAGGGGAUUUUGAGGAGAAAAUCCGGAGAACCAACAGCAGAGGGUACACGAGGUCGACAACGAGAGGCAGAGGGAAGGGGAACAAGGGAAGGUCUUGGCUUUGGGCUUAUUACAGUUCUUGUUGGCAUUAGGCUGACUUCUUUCCUAGUGCAGCUCGUGACAAAGCCAAAAUGGAGAGGCAUGUACAGAGAUUGCUAAACCGGGUAUCGGUGGCAUCAAUUACCGUAGCCACAAUCAUCUUCCUAUUCCUCGUCCUGCAAACCCCAAAAACCUGCAUCCCAUCAAACUCAGCUGAAAAGCCCCACCUGAAAUUUCCCACAUCAACCUGUGACUUUUCUCCUCGCCAACACCUCCCCUUGGAAAAGAAAAAUGCCCGGCUCUGGUCCUCGAGGUCAUGGCAGAAUCAAGUUUCCUCUUACACUUCUUUAUUCCUCCAAAUCCGCCACAUGGGUCUCCUCCACAAUCACUCUAAAGCGCUCUGUGUCUCUGCUGGUGCUGGCCACGAGGUAAUGGCCUUGUUCCAGAUGGGCCUUGUUGAUGUUACUGGCGUUGAGUUGGUCGAUUCACCACCUCUGGUGAGCAGGGCUGACCCCCAUAAUCUGCCCUUCUUUGACCGUGUCUUUGAUUUUUCAUAUAGUGGGCAUUUAGCAGAGGCGUUGUUUCCAGCAAGGUUUGCAGCAGAAAUGGAGCGAACUGUGCGGAGGGACGGAGUAUGCGUGGUUGCUGUGGAGGAGUGUGGUGAGGAGGAAGUGAGGGAAAUCGUAGGACUAUUUAAGAAAUCCAAGUUUGUUGAUGUAGCAAAUGUUACAUUAACCGGAACUAAAAUGACCAGGAUAAUAGUGAGAGUUGGAGCAUCUCACUAGGUCUUUUUUAUGUUCUUUAUUGGAUGAUAUCUCAUGGUUUUGUUUGCCAUUGAUCUGAUCUGAAAUUAAUUCGAUGUGAGCUAUUGUUAUGGAAUUAAAUGUUGUGCAUGUACUUGGUAA